ACGUGACGCGGAAAAUGUGGGGCUUAAUUCCCGUGCUGGACUGCUCUCAGUUGCUGCGUCUCUGUCCGCCGCACUGCCAUCCGUCCAUCCGCUCCAGCCCGAUCCCCGAGCCUCGGGUGGCCCCUCCGCCGCGCACCAUGUCGGACCAAGCUUUUGUGACGCUGGCCACGAACGACAACUAUGCCAAGGGAGCAAUGGUUCUCGGACAGUCGUUACGAAAUCACAACACAACCAAGAAGCUGGUGGCACUCAUAGGACCUUCCGUUACAGAGCCUUGCAGAGACACACUCCACUCUAUUUUUGAUGAGGUGUCUGUGGUGGAUGUGCUGGAUUCGGGCGACGCGGCUCAUCUGGCCAUGAUGAAGCGGCCGGACCUGGGAGUGACGCUCACCAAGCUGCACUGCUGGACGCUCACGCAAUACAGCAAGUGUGUGUUCAUGGAUGCAGAUACACUGGUGCUGUCCAACAUAGACGAACUGUUUGAGAGGGAGGAGCUGUCUGCAGCUCCGGAUCCUGGUUGGCCAGACUGUUUCAACUCUGGGGUGUUUGUCUUGCGACCGUCCAAAGAGACGCACGACAAACUGUUGGAAUUCAGUACUGAACAUGGCAGCUUUGAUGGUGGAGAUCAGGGAAUACUCAACAGUUACUUUGACACCUGGGCGACGGCGGACAUCUCCAAACACCUCCCUUUCAUCUACAACCUCAGCAGUAUUGCCAUCUACACCUACCUGCCAGCUUUUAAACAAUACGGCCACAACGCAAAGGUGGUGCACUUCCUGGGCAAAAUGAAGCCGUGGUCAUACUCCUAUGACGCUCAUAGAGAUGAAGUCAGAGGUCCAUCCGACGACGGGGGCCAGCUGCACUCCAGCUACCUGCUCCAGUGGUGGCAGCUGUACGGCAAAUCUGUGCUGCCUUUACUGCAGAAGGCCUUCGGGGACACGCCCUUCGUCAGCGGCUUUGUGGACUGCAGCAAUGAAGAUAACCCCCAUGAAGACGUGAUAGAGCAUCAUGGGUCCUCUCCGACUCCGUCGCAUCAUCCUCCUACUCCUCCUCCUCCUCCUCCCCCCUCCUUCUCUCAGACUGUUUCAUCCCAGGAGAGGAAGCAGCGCUGGGAGGCGGGUCAUAUCGACUACCUGGGGGACGACUCCUUUGCCAACAUCGCGCGGAAACUCGACUCCUUCCUUAAGUAGUUGUGGCUGAACGUGACGUGUGAUGGACACUAGUUGAACCUCUGUGAGGUUGGCGGUCGUUUACGCAAACACAGGGGCUUGAUUAGUAGGUGUCUGGAUGAAUGCCUGAGUGCAACUUUCAGCCACACUUUACACAUCCUGCCAGUGUGUAGAGUGUGUUUGUUUGACAGAAGUCCCAUGCACUCCACUAUUAAUUGGUCUUUUUUUGUUGUUGUUUUUUUUUUCCCUCUUAAAGGAAAAUGUUAACACUUAGGAAAUAUUGUUUUCUUGCUCAGAGUUGAGAUGAGAAGAUGAGCACAUCUGUAUGGUGGGUGCGAAGACGACUACUGUAACUGAGACCGGAGACGCCUAGCCUCGUCACUGCCCUCAGAAACGCACAUAAGUUUUGUUGCAAAACACUGGUUAGCAAGAAAAAGGAAAAGAAAAGGCAACUGUUCGGGUCUAUGAUGAGUAAGACUAAACCUUUUUAUCUUCUGUCAACAUUUUGGAGAGCUUUGCAGCAGCUAACAAAACCAAGUCUUCAGAAUGCUUUAAGUUAACCCGUAACCUCAUAACAAGAUAUACAAAGUUCUUUGAGCUAAUUCCCAAAAUGUCUGUUUUUAUCUCGUAAAUCUGACGGAAAUGAAGUUCAGUGUCUUCCUAACUCGUGGAAAUAUUUGCAAUGGUGACUGCAGGCCAAAGAUUUGGCUACAAUUGAAGUGUUUUCAUUACUGUAUUUUUCCACAACUCUUAAUCCCACGUGCAAUAAUUCUUUCUCUAAACCACUUUAAGAAGCAGAUAUGCAGCUACCAGCUCACUUCCCUCCUCGCAGUCCAUUUAUGGCAGUCCUGCUUUAAUAUGACAGUGUUAACCUCAGAGGAGUGCAUAGAGCCUCUCACUGUGCCUCAAUGCUCACCAGCUUUGUGACUUCGGCUUUGUGAUGUCUGGUAUCGUGUUUUGUUGUAUUUGCAUGGCACAGUUUAACCUUGGGUCUGUAAUGAAGUGCUCCCACCCUCAUCCGUAAGUGAUGUUGAUACUUGUAUGUGUAUUUUUGUGGGACUGCACUUCCCAGAUGUCUGUCACCUGCAUGCACAUCCUUCUCCAGACCCACUUCGGUGCUUGUGCCAUGACUUUCAUCACUUCUUGUCUGUAGUGUAAUCAGCUGUUGUGUCGCCGACUCACCUUUUACAAAAUCUCACUCACUGUAACCGCUGCCAGUAACAUGUCCCUCCUUUCCUGUUGCCAAAAACCUCUUUGUUUCCCUCCAUCUGCCUGCUGAAGUAUAGCUCACAGCUAUAACUGAGAUGUUCCUCCGUCCAUAAGACCCUCCCACAACAAGCUAGUGAAGUCUACAGAAGUCCAUGUGCAGCUUUUGUGUGUGUGUGGGAGUGGAUCAUACUUGUAACUUGUGCACAUGUGUUUUACCGCAGCUACCUGUACAUCCUCUUCAGAAACUAAUAAACAUGCAUAAAAAACCA